AGGCUCCGCCCACAGCGCUGACGUCCCUCAUUUCAAAUAUCACACCACUGGUAUAGCCCCGCCCCCCGCGGGCUUCAUUCAAAUGGAUGGGAUUUGCCCACGGGAGGGAAGAACUGCCCAGUCACUGUUCACGGGAGUGUGGUACCGGUCCGGACAAGCAUCAUAGUGAUCCACUGACCUCUGUUAAUAUUCAACUAUUCAAGGAAACGGUGAAACGGAACGGCGCGUGUCGGUAACGUUAUCUGUGAUUGGCCAGAAUCCGCGGCGCAGGUGAUGGAGAUUCGGCUCGGCUUCAUCUGCUCGGUUCUUCUGCUUCACUUUGUCCACGGAAGCCGUGCAGCCGUCUGCAGUCAGGAGCAGUUCAGGUGUGCAAACGGGAAAUGCAUCACCGGUCGCUGGGUUUGUGACGAGGCGGACGACUGCGGCGAUGGAAGCGAUGAGCUGCCCCAGUCCUGCAGCCAGAAGAAGUGUUUGCCGAGUCAGUUCAGCUGCGGCGGGCGUCUGAAUCAGUGCGUGUCCUCCAGGUGGCGCUGCGACGGGAAGUCUGACUGCGAAAACGGCGCAGACGAGCAGGGCUGCGCUCUGAAGAACUGCACGGACGAGGAGUUCCGCUGCCGCAGCGGUCAGUGCGUGUCGCUGUCGUUCGCGUGCGACGAGGAUCCCGACUGCGACGACGGCAGCGACGAGGCGUCCUGUCCCCCGCCCACCUGCGGCCCCGGCUCUUUCCAGUGCAACAACUCGGUGUGCGUGCCGCAGAACUGGGCCUGCGACGGCGACGCCGACUGCGCGGACGGCUCUGACGAGUGGCCGCAGAAUUGCCCGGCCGGGACGGGUCAGAAGCCGCCGUCGGUCUGCCGCGAUCACGAGUUCCUGUGCGGCAGCGGCGAGUGCGUCCACGGCAGCUGGAGGUGCGACGGAGGCGCCGACUGCGGCGACCGGUCAGACGAGGACAACUGCACUGCGCCCACCUGCCGUCCGGAUGAGUUCACGUGUAAAGACGGCAGCUGCGUCCCGGGAAUGCACCAGUGCGACGGGAAUCCCGACUGCCCGGACCGCAGCGACGAGAUGGACUGCGUCACCGAGAACGCGUGCGAUGGGCCGCGCAGGUUUAAGUGUGGCAGCGGCGAGUGCGUCGGCGCAGACGGCGUGUGUGACGGCCGGAGGGACUGCCGCGACGGGUCAGAUGAGCCUCUCAAAGAAUGCAAUACUAACGAGUGCCUCGCUAACAACGGCGGCUGCUCCCACACGUGCAGCGACCUGAAGAUGGGAUACGAGUGUGUGUGUCCGGACGGAUUUCACCUGAUCAACCGCACGCAAUGUGAAGACGUGGAUGAGUGCGCGGACGCAGACAGAUGCACUCAGAUCUGCAUAAACCUGCCGGGCAGCUUCAGAUGUGACUGUAAAGAUGGAUUUGAGCUGGAUCAAAUGACCAAAGACUGCAAAGCGGUAACAGGAUCCGACGCGUUCCUCCUCUUCAGCACGCGUCACGAGGUGAGGAAGAUGGCGCUGGGCAGCCGCACGUACACGGCGCUGAUCCGCCGGCAGAAGAACGUGGUGGCGUUAGACGUGGACGUUCGCAACGAGAGGAUCUUCUGGUCUGACGUGAGCCUGAAGAAGAUCUACAGCGCCGCGGCCGCCGACUCCACCCACCACAGCACCGUGAUUGACAGCCAGAUCUCCCGCCCCGAGGGCCUGGCCGUGGACUGGAUCCACGGAAACAUCUACUGGACGGACGGCGAGCUGCGAACCGUCUCCGUGGCGACCGCGGACGGCAGCAAGCGCAAGACGCUCGUCGCCGAGGGGUUGCAGAAUCCGCGGGCGAUCGUCGUCGACCCGCAGAGCAAUUUCAUGUUCUGGACAGACUGGGGCGAGCCGGCACGGAUCGAGAAGAGCGGACUGAACGGGGCCGACCGGACGGCCCUCGUGACGGACGACAUCGCCUGGCCCAACGGCAUCACGUUCGAUGCGUCGAGCGGCCGUCUGUACUGGGUCGACUCAAAGCUGCACACGCUGUCCAGCAUCGGCGUGAACGGAGACGGGCGACACACGCUGAUCCGUGACGAGCAGAAGCUGCCGCACCCGCUGGCGCUGGCCGUGUUCGAGGAGAAAGUCUUCUGGACCGACGUGUCCAAUAACGCCAUCUGGAGCGCCAACCGCGUGACGGGGCGAGACGUCGCCGCCGUGGCCGAACGCCUGCAGUCUCCUGAAGACAUCGUGCUGUAUCACAGUCUGAAACAGCCGUCCGGACGGGACUGGUGCAGAGAAGCGGCUCAACAAAACGGCGGCUGUGAGUUUCUGUGUCUGCCGGCGCCGCGGAUUAACACGCGUUCUCCCAAAUACACGUGCGCGUGUCCUGAUCACAUGACCCUGGGCGCGGACAUGAGGACGUGUGUGUCAGGUGUGAACUCCACGGCGUCGCCGCAGGUGCCGGGCAGAACCGCGACCGGACGCUCCGCUCAGACGGCCGACCAUCGGCAGCGGGAGACGGACGCCGCACAGGCGGGCUCUCGGAGGGGAAUUAACGAAGAACAUGAGCCGGUUUCCAGCCCUUCCCAGCAUCCCACGGUCCUGUACAUCAUCCUUCCAAUCGUCGCCGUGUGUCUGCUGGCCGUUGGCGGCGUGUUGCUGUGGAGACACUGGCGGCUGAAGAACACCAACACCAUCCACUUCACCAACCCAGUGUACCAGAAGAAAACAGACGACACGGUUCACAUCUUCAGGAGCCCCAGUCUGGAAGGAUACUCGCAUCCAUCGUGUCAGAUGAUCAGUAUGGAAGAAGACGCCGCUUGACGCUCCUCCAGACACUCCUCCAGAAGCUCAAGGUCACUUUAAUGCUGCUCUGAAACUUUAACAGCGAGCUGAAGGAAUCUCGUCCUCAUCUACGAAAACGACCCCAGGAUCAAGCCUGAUUUUUAAAAUGCCUGUAUCAUAUAAGGAAUGAAGACACACACACACACACACACACACACAUACUCUGACAGUCAAGAUGUCAAGCGGAGACUCUUCAGGAGUCUGUCGAUCCCGUGGCUCUGCUGCAAACACGCCGCUGUUUUCAUUUGUGAUUUGUGAGCUUUUAAGGUCCUCCUACUGAAGGUAUUACCAUGUUAUAAUAUUUGCAAUGAUCCUUGUAGAUAUUUAUGAUUGUGUGGAGGGCAGACAGGUGUCUCUCUUUUUGCACUAUCUGUGUGGACUGUCACAGACUUUAUUUAUAUUUCUCCUUCAGACACACUUGAACAAUCUGUUUGACUUUGUUUGAACGAAGUGCUUGUAUUUAAGAAUGCACGGCGCUACUUUAGUAAUAGCGAGCGAUUCGUUAUCGUUCGUUAUAGUUACUGAGCGGAUUCGUUCCGUUACCGCCGCGUGUGAAGUUCACGCCUGUAGAUUAAAUUCUGGGCCUUAAACCUGAUCGUGCCUGUGACGUGUCGCAACGUUCGAACGCGUGAAUAUUCCCGGUGCUCAGGGUCGCGCGUGUGCGCUGAGAUUCAGGUGACCUCUGACCUCAGCUGUCCUUUAGAAGAGUCGCGCGCUUACGUUCUGUCGUCGCUCCGCUCGCUUUGCUUAUGACGAGGCUCAUGCGGCAGGUUUUCUGAAGGGUCGGAGCGUUUUCGCUGUUACCAGACAAAUGAAGGAUCACAAACGCUCCUCAAACAUCUGCAGGUUGGUCUCUGUACGCACUCGCCUUUGUCGCACCGUCUAAACCCAAGACUUUGUACGAAGAACACUCCUAUUUAUUGUGUAUAUGUGUGUUUUUGUUGAGUUUCCUGCUUUUUUCUUUUAAACAUAUUAUUUAUCACAUGCGAUACUGAAACGCCAUCCAGAAAUCUAAGUGCACUACAGAGGGAACGACCUGCGCGACAUUCAGGGACUUUUAUACGUUUAUGAAGGAUGAAACGCAAAUGUGAAGUAAGGCUGUUUGUGGUGAUGAGUGAAGUCUUGAACGGAUUCUCGUUCUGUUACUGUUGAUGGGUCACUUGAGGUCACUUUUACUCUUGUGAACCCGUUUCUCUUUCUCAGGACCGAUGGUCCAGCGAUCUGAAUGUUCUACAGGUUUAGAGAAACAAAUCGCACCCAAAGAAGCAGCUCAACUGUCUUGAACGUUGUUUUUAAAUAAAUGCACAUUUUGAAACAAGAAA